GAUGCCGAGGCCCGGGCGUGUUCUCAGGACUCAGAGGCAAAGAGGCGUGGCCUGCGGACCGCGGACCGGACUCUCAUUGGAUGGCUGGGGCGAGGAGAAGCGCCGGCCGCAUCAGCUGGUGUCACCUGACCCUGUGGUGGUUUGUACUUUUUCAGCUCUCCCAGCGAAGGGCCGAUGGGGGAGAGUUGCUGGAACCCUGCCGUGGGAGAGACUGCUCUGUGUGUCAAUGUUUCCCGGCGAAAGGAUCUCAAGGUUUGCCGGGACCCCUGGGUCGCCAUGGUCGACAGGGGCCUGGGGGCCCACCAGGGCUCCAGGGGCCACAGGGAGAAAAAGGAAGAGCAGGUGUCAGUGGUGAUCCUGGGGAAGAAGGGGAAGACGGUGACGUGGGCAUGACUGGGGUCCCUGGGUUUCCUGGAGUCGACGGCGUUCCAGGUCACCCUGGGGCUGGGGGUCUUCGGGGUCUCCCCGGACGGGACGGCUGCAACACGUCGAGAGGGGACCCCGGUGUCCCUGGGUUUUCGGGGGCGCACGGGCGUCCAGGGAUGGCGGGACAUCCAGGGGUGAAAGGUCAGAAGGGGGAUCCCAUCUAUGCCACAGCCUCCGCAGGCCCUCCGGGUGAUGCUGGACAGAAGGGAUAUCCUGGUGUGCCUGGGCAACAUGGUGUUACUGGUCCCAGGGGUCCACCUGGCUGGUCAGGACCAGAGGGGCUGCAGGGAGUCCCUGGUGUGCCUGGAACAAGAGGAGUGCCUGGUGACACAGGCCGGUCACUGCCUGGGCAGAAGGGUGAUGAGGGAGAUCAGGGGAUCCAAGGUCCUCCUGGACCCUUUGAGAUCGUGGCGCCCCCAAUCGAGACAUACCAAAAAGGAGAAAGGGGGGAGCAAGGCAGAAAGGGAGAGUGUGGAGUCAGUGGUGCUGACCUCUAA